CGGGUUGCGGAUUCAGAAGAUUGGCAACCCGAACAUGGAAAGAGGACGCCGCUACCAGCGGGGAGGGCGUCGGGACGGGAGCCCUGGGAGCGUCAGCUCCGGCUCCUCUCGGGGCUCCCGCCCCGACAGCCUUGACAGACGGCUGCAGGACGCCGAGGAAAUCCUUGCGAGGAUUGCGGAAGCCGAGGCGGUCAAGGUGGACAGUGUGGUCACCAUGGACCUAGAGACAUCCUCGGCGGCUCAGGGGUCCCUCUCGUUGCCGGAGCUCAGCGAUUCCCCGCAGGGGUCCCUCUCGUUGCCGGAGCUCAGCGAUUCCCCGCAGGACACGUGGAGCUCUUGGAUUUGGAACCUGGUGUCCCUGACGCAGAAGGAGCAGGCGCCGGAGAAGGAAGCAGAGGCAGCCGAAGAACCACGGAAGGAAGAGCCGGCUGCCGCAGAGGAGGCGCGUU